AUGGUUGUCUUGUCAGACUACGGUUGUUCCAAUUCAGUGUUUCCCAACGCGCCAUCGGACUGUGCAGUUUCUAGGGGAACCUUGUUCAGUGCGAACCAAUCCUCAAGUUGGCACGAAUUGGGUCUUUUCGGUAUCAACCAGAAUGGGGUUGGUCUCGAGGCCAACCUGGGACCGUCGCCGGGAUUGCAACUCCUGAGCCUUUCUAUCUGUAAAGAUGAAACUGAACCCCUUCUCUAUGUAUGGUUCACUGACCCGAGCACCGACAGUGGAAUAUUCGGCCUCAACUCGCAGCCCGUCAAUUUUACCUCUUUAGGAAACUUCUCUUCGCCUUCCUUCAUCACGACCCUCAAAAAUGAGGACACAAUUCCGAGUCUCAGCUGGAGCUACACGGCGGGUGCCAAGUACCGCCUAAAACAAGUCUAUGGCCAACUCAUCUUCUCUGGAUAUGAUGUAUCCCGGUUCACUGCUAACUCGGUCUCGUUCACCAUGGCGGAUGAUAUCACCCGUGACCUGGUUGUCUAUCUUCAGUCCAUCAGCUACAGCGGAUCAAGCUCAGCCGUAUUACUGUCCGAACCAAUUUUAAUAUUCAUCGACUCGACCGACCCCAACCUGUGGCUCCCAGACAAUGUCUGUAACGCAUUCGAAAAGGCCUUCGGGCUCGUGCUUGACAGCGAAAGUGGUCUAUACUUGGUGAAUGAUACUCACAAUACCAAGUUGCUCAACUCGAAUGCGCAAGUCACAUUUCGACUUUCCGAUGUGGCUUCCGGCGGGAGUGCUGUGACGAUCACACUUCCUUAUGAUGCUUUCGCCUUGACUGCACAAGCUCCUCUAGUCGACAAUAGCAGCUACUAUUUCCCGUUGAAACGCGCCUCCAACUCUACACAAUAUACUUUGGGUCGAGCUUUCUUGCAAGAAGCGUAUCUCUCGGUCGAUUACGAACGAGGUGUCUUCAAUGUAUCGGCAUGCGCUUGGAAUGAGAACGCCGAAGAAGACAUUGUCACGAUUACUUCCAAAGAUUCUGACUCAGCUGCUUGCUCAGGAAAUGGAUGCUCGUCCGGUGGUACUGGUUCGGACGACUCUUCACCACUUAGUCACGGCGCCGUGGCUGGCAUCGCGAUUGCAGCUCUGGUCGGAGUCGCAAUUCUCGCGGCAGUUCUCUUGUUUUUCAUCCGCCGUCAACGACAAAAAAUGGCAUACAAAGCGACUCCCCCGGAGCCAGACGUAUCUGUCCUCUCCGGUCCGGUACACAACGCCCCUCCUCCUCCCGAACCGUCAGACGAUUCUGUUCCGCAGUCAAGAUUCUGGUCUCCAGACGCCAUCUUGAGCGGCGUCAGCAAUAGUAAUAAUGGCCAGAGUAGCAGCAGUGGCGGGAACUAUGAGCAGAGUGUCGACGAGAACGGCUUGGAAUUAGAUGGAGACGGUACAGAGAUCCAGCCAGUCUAUCAUGAACUGGCUGGUAGGGAAGUUCAGAAGACAGGGCUGGAGCCGGUAAUGCAGCCGUCGCGUACCCCUUACGUAUAA